GGAUACACAAUGCUGCAACCAAACGGCAGUGUCUUCUCCAACCUAAGACGCACCAGCAAGGAGUUUCAGAAAUUUUGCAACUCCCACAGCCGCUCCACGUCAGUCGGAUAACGGAGAACAGCAGCCACCACACCACCGGAACACACCGUACGUCGCUCGGGUCGUCACCAAAUCCCACAGGAGAACGCCGAUCGGCUACCGCCGACGUCGACAGCAAUCCACCCACGCUCAAAGCCACUCAACCACCACACUCAGUACUACAGGUAUUAUAUACUAUAGCAGCAAAAGCCAAUUGCCAGGAUCAUAUGUCCACACGCUCUUACAGCCGAUACUGCAAAACCUCCCUGGACUGAAGAACGCUCAUAUUAUCCUCCAUCAAUAAAAUGAAAGUAACUUUCAAGUGACUAAAGAUAUCAUGCAUUUGAAGUCCCGCGUCUCAAAUUUCUCAUUGUUGGAGGAUGUAGGAUAUAAAAAAUCAUUUGCAUGGGCUGAAGGUUGUUGGUGAAUUGGAUUUCAAACUGUGGCAUGAGAAACAAGUGGCCAUUUGCUUACCAGGUCAGAAAAUGCAUACACGGAAAAGUCUUCAGGGCAUUUCUAUGGAGAACAAGAUACUGACAUCUCACUCAGGAACUUCUGAGUCAUCAAGAAAGAGGAAGUUAAUAGCUGUAAAUAAGCAGGACACAAUUUCUGCAUCAGAUCAUGAAUAUAGCUCUCCUAAAGAGGCAAGCCUGCGACAUGAAACUGGUUUACUGUCUGGGAGAAAUGUAGGAGAAAAUUCUUUUGAAUUGUUUUCAAAUCAAAGCCCUCCAUUUAUAGAACCAACUAUCUUCCGGCAUCGAUCUGAUAAAGGUCAAUUUGAUGGUGAGAAUAAUCUCCCAGAAACUAAACAAACUUGUAUUGGAUAUUUCUGCAAAGCUGGGGCUGAGAAAAUAAGCAAUUCAUCUCCAAGUGUGUUGCUUCAGUCUUUUCAUCAUAGAGGAUCACCACCAAGCAAAAAAGAAAAUGAUAGAGGUCAUGCAGGUGGCAAUAUCCAAAUACUGAAGCAAGUAGAAGGAGCAGCUGUUGAGAAUUUUAAGUGUUCCUUCUUGGAAGAAACUGGUCCUAAAAAUGGUGAUUGUCCUCCUACCGUGGAUAUUAGGAAUGAUCUAAGUCAUGGUUCUUUUAAGUCCUAUAAAAAAAGUAAAUCACUUGUCAGAAAAGAAGCUCCCACAGUCGCCAAGAAGCUCUGGGAGGGGUCCCUUCAGUUGAAUUCUUCUGUAACUGUGUUAGCAGUUGCCUUCUUUAAGAGCGGUGAGAAGAUGCCUAAUAUCAAGUGGUCUGAAUCUAUAGAAGUCAAAGGGAAAGUGAGGUUUGAGGCUUUUGAAAAAUAUAUUCAAGAUCUUCCUCGUUCACGCAACCGAGGGUUGAUGGAUCAAAUCUCUGGGAAUCCAAGGGUGCUAUGCAAAUUGGAUAUUGACAAGGCUUAUGAUCAUGUAAUCUCGCUUUGCUGGAAAGAGGGGUCUUCUGAAAGUGGACUGGCAGGCAUGAAAAAGGUUGCAAAAGGGUACAAAGAUGGGGAGAGGGUUGGGUUUGCACCACUCUCUCCUGGUAUGGAUCUUUAUAUAUGUCCUCGCAGCGAGACCAUAAUCACUAUACUUGCUAAACAUGGGUUCUUCAAGGGCAUGGCUGCUGUUGAAGACAACCAAGAUUCCUUGAUUGGUUGUGUUGUGUGGCGAAGGAACCGAGCAAAUUCCAAUACUGUUGUAAAGAAACCUGAGAGAAAGAAUUGUUCCUUUACGGAGCAGCCUGUUAACUCCCCUCCUGAUGCAUCUACCCUAAGAGUUGUGGAAGAUAGUAUGUCUCAUGCACAACCGGCUGAGGAAUCCAUCCCAGUUGCAUCAGGAACAGAUUAUGCAACUCUUGAGAGUACAGAAAAUUAUAGCAUUGAGACCAAGAAUGUUGAGCCCAGUAACGUCCAACUUGAGUUGCAUAAUCAGUCGGCCAUCAUUAAACCCUUGGUAGCACCUUCAGUCCCAAGAAAUUCUCUAUCUGUUUUAGUUGAAAUAAAAACAUCAUGUUCUAACCGUGCCUCUCAUCAUCAGGAUUCUUUGGGACAGUCGUUGGAAGUUGAAGCUCCUCUGAUGCACAAUUCAGGACGAGAGAAAGCUAAACCCAGUUUGGAACUUCAUAGACCUGUCUUGUCUCUCCCAUCUGAAGUCAUAAACAAAGUUGCAUCUCUGCAUGAUGAUGACGAUCUUCCUGAAUUUGACUUUGGGAUUUCACCUGUUAUUUCUCAGACUCUAACAAGCAACCCUCUAGAUGCUGUGAUAACUAACAUGAAACUUCCAUCUGGAGGACCUUGGAAAAUGGAUGGUUCCCUGCCAACAAUGGAACCAACUCUACAGUCACUAAUUUUCCAUCAGAGAAGAUUGGAAAAUUCAAAUCUUGCGAAGCUUCCAGUAGGUGCCAUUCAGAAGAAGACUCCACUAGAGAAUUUUGUUGACCAUGGAAAGAUCUUUGGAUUUCCCAUUUGGGAAGAAAAACACACUGCCCAAAACAUAGCUGUCAGCACAAGACGUGGCCGCACUGCUGUUCCGUUUUCAAGUAGUCGUUUUGGAGAAGACGAGGAUGACAUGCCUGAGUGGUGCCCACCAGAGGUUGAGCUUCACAAACAAACGAUUCCAGAGACAAAUCAAUCAUCACCAUACUCAACGUUUGAAGUUUCUCCUGGUCCUACAACUCUGCUCCCUUCUCCAUCUCUGGUUGCUAUCCAUCCACCAUUUUCUGCCCUUGCAUUCCCUCGUGCAUAUAAUUGCCACAAUACAGUCAGUGCAAGAUCUACGCAGCCAAGACCAGCUAACGGAUAUAUGCCAAGGGAUCCAAGUUCUUUCAUGAGAUUGAAUUCUGAGACACUACUGAGACCAACAUCAAACACAUUUGAUGUAAAAUUUCCUGUCCAUCCUGCCAGUUGGAGAGGCUGGAGAUCAUGAUACUUGAAGAGCAACAGAAGUAAUAAGCUGAUACCUUGAACCGGAAUGUGGAAUAGAGUGAUUUAAAUAGGAAUUGCCAAGUUGUACAUAUUAUGUAAGCAGCAAGUUAACGUGCUGCUUCAUGCUUAGAGUCGUUCUGUGUUCAGAUUUUCUGUGACCGUGUUAUAUUUUUUCAUAUCUUGAUUUUCCUAUCACAAUGCUUUUAUGGUGAAAGCGAGUUUCUGUCAUCUUUGGACUAAUGUGUAACAAUCAAGCAAUUUGGGUGUAGGUAGGGGUGAAAAUGGGGAUGAGGAUGCUGAUGCAGUUAUUAGUAAUAUUCAUUCGCAUAAUGCGUUUAUCACUUUUAUGUAUCCGCAUCCGCACCAUGUGUUUACUGUCCGCAUCUGCGCAGUUCUUGCGGUUAUUAUUUGCUAUCCGCAUAUGAGGUAAUGAGCAUUUUGGAUUACUAUCUAAA